AUGGCUCCUCGCUACUUGGCACCUCGGCCGAAAGGCCCAAUCGUAUGCCAACCUGAGCCGGUUUCGAAAUACCGGGCAUCGGAUUGGCAGGCUAUGCGUGCUGAGAUCGAGCGGUUAUACGUCCAUGAGCGUCGCAGUCUUCGUUUCGUUGUGCGUUAUAUGGGCAGUGUACAUGGGUUUAAUGCAUCUAUUGCAAUGUACAAGAAAUAUAUCGCCAAGUGGAGCCUGUAUAAGAACUGCAGAAAAUCGGAGGCAGUGCAGGGUCCGGAGAGCAAGAACAAGCGCAACGAUCAGCUUGACCCAGCUGUUGAUGGGAGGCCGAGUCCUUUGAUCAAGUUACCGGCGCUCUGCAAACGGGAUAAAAAUAGCCUUGUGUUCCUCACAAGCGUGCAUGCCUGGAGCUUGUCGUUUUUUCAGUCCACACGGCGCAGUGCCGGGACACAUCCUGUUAGACAAGGGCAGCUAUCAGCCGUCGAGCCCUGGUCUUCUAAGGCUAAAGAGAGCGGCCUCGCGUUCAAGCUAGUCACUGAUAUGUUGCACCGUGGCCACGGAAGCUUGGCUGGCAGGCUAGCCCGGAGGGCUUUCAUGCUCGUGGAACAGAUGCUGACGCUCGAAGGACCUAUCCUCAUGUGGAACUUGCUCGAGAUGAUGCAUAGCAUGAUCACUAUGCGACAGGGGCAACUGUUCCGGAUGUUACUGGCUCAUCUUACUUCUUUGGCUGAGGCCCGAAUGACCAAGGCGCAUCCGCUUCCUACCAUGCUACGCGGCCUUUGCGAACUCGUUGCCGAUCUGGCUGUUGCGGUAAUCCCUUCUAAUUUUGCACCAGUAUCAUCAAGGUCUUUACCUGAAAAUAGCCGCGUAUUGUGCGACCAUCAUGUCCCGACUCUCCUAGAGCAGGCGUGGACACUUAACGCCAAACUCUUCUUUGACCACCUGGACCCUGUCCUGCUCCAUCUAUACCUCGACAUCAAUUUGGAACUCCGUUCCAUCCAGGCCCCACGGGCCAUUUUAGCCCUAGCUGAUAAGUGUCUGGCUCAUGAUAAGCUGCAUCAUCAGGCGACCGGCGACUGUUCAGGUGCCUAUAGUAAUGUGCUGGGGCAGGACGCUGGUGCCUCGGCUGAGGCCCUGUCCAAAAGCCUGCUCACAGCACGCAUGGAUGUUCCACCGCCAAACGGCUACGAGGCACUCCGUACCAGCAGCCUGGCGGCCAUUCGGGAAAUAGAGAACUCCACCCUUCACAAGAAUAGAGCCAGCCUCUCCAGCAACAGCGCGGCAGCCGAUUCUCCGCUUAUAUUGGCCGGGCUAAUCGGUGCUAAACUUCUUAGAGGUUGGCCCGCUGUGACAGAGCCGUUUGUCACGAGAUUGGGAAACGACGCGGUGAUGCCGGCUGUUCCGCGUUUCCACGCGUCAACUCUUGCUUGUGUGAUGAGUGCGCUGAUGGAUCUCAGCGACGCCGGAGGUGGAGGCAGUCCAGGGCUUCCAUCUGAUCGAGUCGAGCAGAUGCGUACAAUAUUAGCUCUCCGGGAAUAUGCCGGGAGUCCGACUGAUCUGCAGGUCGUCCGCGAACAAUGGCUACUGAAAGAUGCGUUGAUUGCGGCUGGUGAGACUCGUGAGGCAGAGGAAAUAGGCAGGAAUGCUUACUCACGGUUAGAGGCAUACACUCAGGACAUCCCGGCAACAUUCGCGUAA